AUGGCAUCGCGCAGGAGCUUGGGCGGCGGCAGAGUACUCGGGAGUGGAAAGGGCCUUGCUCCGCCAGCGCCGGCGCCAGCGAUAUCGAUACCACCGAAACAAGUUCAGGCGACGCGAAACACUGGACUCCUCUCACCGUCAGAGAGCUCAGUAUCGCUAAAUUCGCAAGCGUCCAGCACGCCGAUCACCGAUCAUGAGGACCUCACUUCACGAAUCGCUCUUGAUGAGCAAGGCUCGGCGCAAGCGGCGGCGGCGGCCAGCUCGAGGAUGGUCUGUCCAAUAUGCAAUGAGGAGAUGGUCACAUUGCUACAGCUGAAUAGACACAUCGACGAUAACCACGCGAAUCUGGAGGUGAUCGAGCAAGACGAGGCAAAGACUUGGUUCAAAUCACAAAUGACAAAGGCGAAGAAGUUCCAGCCGCUCGCCUUGAUCAACCAGAAGCUGCGCGGGUUGGAGGUAUUCGAGUCGAACGACGAGCUAUUACAGGCUGUGACAGCUGUGACAGGCCCGCCUCCCGUCGCUGAAAUGAGAGGUGGACCAGCGGCCGCAUUGCCAGCGAAAGAGGAAGAGCCGCCGAAUCCGGAUGAGGUGGUAACCAGGACACAUUGGCAGCGACCACGAGUCAAUGAUGCCUGCGCAGAUCCGAUGUGUGGCAGGAGACUGGGAGCACAGAACGGGCAGAUAAAUUGCAGACACUGCGGCAAGCUGUUCUGCGAGGAGCAUACCAUGUACCAGAUGAAGCUGUCCCGGUCAGCUCAGCAUGAACCCGUUCGUGGGUUGUGGUGUCGAGUUUGCGAGACUUGCUAUAAGAGCCGGCCUGGAUAUCUUGACAAUCGUGGGUUUGAGAGGGAUCAUACGGAAUUCUUGAAGAGUGCGAGGAGGAAGACAGUGGACAAGAAGUACCUGGAGACAAGCAGGCUUGAGACGAGGCUUACCAGGUUGACCCAGCUUUUGGCCAAUCCUCCUCCGGCGGAACAAACGACUACAAGUAUGCUUUGGUCGUCUUUUGCUGGUAACAAGCCCCAGAUCAGAGCUUUGGAGCAGUCUGUGGUACCCUGGGAAGAUGACGCUACAGUCGCGGCCUGUCCGUUCUGCCACCAACCUUUCUCGCAAUACACAAUGCGGCGGCAUCACUGCCGAAUAUGUGGACGUGUUGUCUGCGGCGAUCCGGCGACUUCUUGCUCAUCUGAGAUCGGUCUCGAUGUUGAUCUCAAAAAAGCCGGCAGUGGCGAGGGCAAAGUCUCCGUUGACGUCCGAAUGUGCAAAGACUGCAACCGCACCAUCUUCAGCAAAGCCGACUUCGCCCGCGAACUUUCCACCCAAACGCCUCUCCAACGCGCAUACCAGAACCUCAUCUCUUUCGAGCACGGCAUCCGGCUCAUGCUCCCCAAAUUCCAGCGCAUCCUCAUACCACUUCAAGAUCCCGACAAUCCUCCUUCGUCGAACCAAAUCGCCGAAGCGGGCAAGAUUCGGAAACGGCUCACCGACGCCUUCACACAGUACGAUGUUGCAGCUCGCAGAGUACGAGACAUGGAUACAGGCGGCAGUCCAACGCAAGAACGAUUGCAGAAAGCCAUCUACCUACAAGCCACGAAUUUCCUUCACAUUCACAUGCUGCCCCUGAAGUCCCUGCCAAAAAUCAUGAAACACGCCAACCCCUCGACCUCGUCAAGUCUCCGGCCCUCCACACCAACAACACCAAACGGCCACCUCAGACCUCCACAUCUCACGAACGGCUCAUCCUCAUCUUCGCCACUCCGCCCCGACCACUCCCGCACCUCAUCCGCCAGCUCUGCCGCCAUCACCGCUCUUGAAGCCGAAGAGAAGGAAUUGAAAGAACGGCUGAUGGUCUUGGAAGAACAACAGUUCUUUGUCAAGGAGAUGAUUGCGGAUGCGGGCAAGAGGAGAAAGUAUGACGAAGUGUCAGCGUUGACGAGGAAUGCGGAGGAUCUGGGACGGGAGGUGGAUGCGCUGAGGGGCGAGUUGGAGGGUAUGGAGGGACAGUGGAGGGGGGUUUAUGAAGAGGGAUUGGGAUGA